AUGCCAGGUGAUGAUGAAAAGAGUUUAUUUGAUGCAUCAGGAUCCAAGAUUGUACCAUGCGACUCAUCAGCACCAGGAUUUCGAACGUCAGUAAGAAGGAGAUCUUCGCUGUUCAAUACCUUACCGACCGGCCGAUCACGUAGUGAAAAGAAAAGUGGGAUCUGCGAUAAUGAACAGUCGCAGUCGCAGUCGCACUCUACAAUCGUUCUGGAAUCCCAAAUGCUGUCCAACACUGCCUUGGAACUACCAUCUCAGGAUAGACAGCACAAAAAACGCAAAUCUCUUUUUGGCGCUGUGAUGAAACGAUCUGAUUAUCUCGAGCCUGCCGCGGACACCAUCCACAGAUCCCCAAACACACCAGCUAUCAACAAGCGCGAAGUCGAAGAAUCAAAUCUAUUCGAUGGUAUUGGCGAUAGCGUCAUGAGUCCAACGGGGAAAACGAUAAUGGGUUUUGUCAACAACUUUGGCAGCAGUCCAUUCCGUUUCCAAUCUCCGAAAAAAAUGUCUCUUGUACAUAGCGAGCCGAAAACUGCAUCACAUGUUGACCACAAACAACGUUUCAUCUCCAAGAGAGGGAAAUAUAGCGGUGUUGCUCAUAAUUAUCUAUACUCCAAGAGAGACGAUUGGUUGGAGAUACCUAUGGUUGGAGAUCAGUUGGCCUGUUUGGACUUCUCGCUUCGAACAACACUUCUUGUCGAGUGUUCAAAUCAAUUGAAGUUCUGCCUUCGCUCGGUUUUGGUCCAAGACAAUAUUCAAAAACAUUUGAAAUAUUGGAUAUUUCCGCAUUUGCCGCUGGGUUCAUUGUCUACUUCGCUCCCUCUGUCUAUAGGCCAUAAUGCAAGAUCUGGUAAAAUUUCUGUGCGCGGUUCUUCAAAAAUAGAUUUCUCUAAAAAUCCGACACAGGAAACACUAGAAAUGUCUGCUGCCGAUCUGAACAAAAGACUGACUGAUCUCUUGAAAGCUGACGCAUUGCUGUACUCGACAAAGCACCUUGGGAAAUCUCAACGAAAAAUCAUUGCAACUAACUUGACCAGCUCGAUGUACCCGUUGCGCUGGCAGGAAGCAACAAGAUCUAUUUUCUUGAAUUGGUGUUGUAGUAUCAAGGCACUUUCGACGACGACUACCAAUACUACAAGAGCUUCCAACGACACGAAUACCAACAAAAAAGAGACGAGCAUGAUUGCAAACGAAAUUUACUUCUACUGUGUCGCGAAAGAUCAUGUAGCUAUGUUUCGAGUUGAUGAAACUGUUGAUGACAAUAUGGAGAAUAAAUAUGAACCAAGAGUCAUCCUUUCCAAUAUUACUGCUGAUUUUCAAAGAAAACUUGAGGGUGAAGGGGUAGACGAGAUCCAAUUUCUCAACGAUCCAAAGUCCGAAGUAGCAGAAGGAUUUUCUCCCCGACAGAAAGAUUCUUUUGCUCCGAUGAGCCCAAAUGUUAAGGCCGAACUUGAAGCCUUACGGCGAGCUCAGGUUUUAGGCGAAAACGCAGGAGCUGAUGUUCGCGUAAAGUCGGAUGCGAAGAGAGCGAAAAUAUCUCCCGCAAGUAGAGCGGAAACACCUUGUAGCAUCUGUGGGUUUGACAAUGUGUCUUGUUUCUUUGAAGUAUUCUUAAAUUCACUUGGACAGAUGAAUUCUAUACAGAAUCAGCAACCAAUACUGCCUAUUUUGGUAUGCGACACAAUGGGACCAUUUUUGCAUUCAACCCUCGAGACUUUGGAGUCCCGACCAGUAAAGACUACGGGAGCUCAAUCACUGCGGUUGGAAGGCUUGAUCAUGCCUAGCGCGUUUCGAAAUGUUGUGGCAAGUAUCACAAGAGAGGUUACAAAAAUUGGUUCAGCUCCACAACCUCAGCGCGAUGUGUCUGAGGAUAGAGAAGGCACUUCUUACGUGCUCAUCGAAACCGCGAUCAACAACGAGUCGAGCCCAGUGUCAAAGCAAUUGGAGGAUUCCAGAGCCUUCAACGGGUGGAACAAGAAUGAGGAGAAUCAGAUCAUUGCACUGAAAUUGGUUGAUCUUGUCUAA